AUGUCGCCGUUUGAAGCCCUCUAUAGGAAGAGCUGUAGGUCUCCCGUGUGUUGGGAUGAGGUAGAAGAGAGGAAAUUGCUAGGACUUGAGCUAGUGCAAGCCACAAAUGAGGCAAUACAAAAGAUCAAGGCUCAUAUGCAAACGACUCAGAGCAGACAUAAUAGCCACGUCGACGUGAGACGUAAGGACCUAGAAUUUGAGGCUGGUGAUAAAGUGUUCUUAAAGGUGGCACAUAUGAAGGGUGUUUUGAGAUUUGGAAGGAAAGAGAAGCUGAGCCCGAGGUUUAUUUAUAUCUUUCAAGGUCUUGGAGUGAAUUGGUCUCGUAGCUUACCGAUUGGCAUUGUGUCUAUCACUUUCUUUAGUUCACAAUGUCUUCCAUGUUUCGAUGCUGAGAAAUUGAAUGACAACUUGAGCUACGAGGAGAAACCUGUAGAGAUUCUCGCCAAAGAGGUAAAGACAUUGCGCCGCAGUGAGAUUGCAUUUGUGAAAGUCCUGUGGCAGAAUCACCAAUUCAAGGAGGUUGCCUGGGAGCAAAAGAAUGAGAUGAAGACCCAGUACCCGAAGCUUUUUCAGGAAUGA